GCAUUGCACCAGGCAUCUCAGGCAAAUAAUGCAGAUGCAGUGAGCUUCCUUCUCAAGGUGCGGGCUGACGUCAACGCCAAGACCUCCGCCGGCCAAAUCGCUGCCGACCUGGCCACGGACACCGAAGUCAAGGCGCUGCUGCAUCGUCGCCACGCUCAGCUCUCAGCCAGGCAGGACUUGGAGCACCAGUUCCUGAAUCUGGCGAAGGCCCGAAAAUGGAAGGAGCUCGCAGGGCUCCUUGCUGAGGUCCCCGACCUUGCACGGGCGCAGCCCGGUGGCCGUUGGUCAGCACUGCACCAGGCAGCCUCAGCAGGUCACCUGGAGACCAUCCGCCUCCUGCUGUCCUGCCGCGCUGAUACCACGGCCCGCAACAGUGACGGGAAAACACCCGUCGAAGUCGCGACUGCCGCCGCCAGGCCUCUCCUGGAGUUGAUCGACAUCGACAGCUCACCAGAGCGUGAGGGCGAGCCGUCGAAACGCGCCAAGACCGAUUCAGGGCCUUCGCCGAACUUCAGCCGCCUGGAGGCCCGCCACCCUGCCGUGUGGGCCACAUGUGCAGUCUCCAUGAAGACGAGCAGGUGCUAG